AUGGGAAGUGCCAUCAAUGCAGUGGCCUUUCCUGCGCCGCACUUGGGCAAAGCAUUCUACCAGGAUGAGCUCCUGCGAAGGCGAGAUCUCGUGUUCCUGAAAACGGACCAGGAUGAAUCUAUCCCAGCUUGUCAUGUCCGUGCGCAGCGAAAGCAUUCCUUUCUCUCUACACCUCCGGUGACAAUCCUGUACAGCCAUGGAAAUGCCGAGGAUGUUGGACUACACCUGGAUUACAUUGAUGCUCUUGCAGAAUACACAGGUGCGGAUGUGUUCAGCUAUGAGUACGUGGGCUAUUCACUUUCACGGCUGGACGGUGACACCCCCUCCGAGGCUGGAUGCAUACGAAGCAUUGAUGCAGCUUGGCGAUACCUCGUAGACGAGCAGAAGAUCCAUCCAAGACGGAUUGUGAUCUUCGGUCGCUCAAUCGGUUCUGGUCCGAGCGUGGAUCUGGCCUCCAGAGCUGAAGUUGAGGGAACAGAGUUCUCGCCGUUGGAUGCAGCUGGGGUGAUUCUUCAAUCUCCACUGGAAAGUGGUGCUUACGUCGUACUGGGUGGUACGGCAGCGACGUUGGGCUACUACUUAGACAUCUUCCGCAACUACGAGAAGAUCGGAAACAUUAAAGCUAAGGUUGCGAUCAUGCAUGGAACAGAUGACGAAGUUGUCCCCUUCUCGAAUGGGACUCUUCAAGCGGGGGACGUCUCAGUCCACAUUCAGCUGCCUCCUGUGCUCACCCCUCUCCGAGAAGUUCUCAACAGUAUCCUGGAAGGGGAACAAAUGGACCGAAGUCAGUGGGCUCGUCUGGUAGCAGUUGGGGAAGCCCUCCGCGACCUCAUCGCGGGGAACAAGCUGGCGCACCCGUCGGACGUCUUGAUGCAAGCAGCCGGGGGAGUGGAAAGUAGUCUCAUGCAGAACGACACGGUGGUGCCUGAUUGGUACCGUGACAUGGAAAUGCUUCGGGGGAUCCUACGACAAGUGCGUAGCGGGCCACACAACAUGCUGCCGACUUUCCAGCAAGCAGCCCUCAACCUGGUGAGUGUGAUUUCUGCCCUCAUUCCGGAAGAGCAACAGAGUGGAGUGGGGGACUGGCAGCCCCAAGACUGGUGGUAUCUCGAGCGUCACCAUGGACUGGGGGACAGUGCAAGACACCCUGUCAGCCAACAACAAAUCACAGCGAGCAUCCACGACUCCCUGGCCGGGAUAGGCCACCGAGUGGCACAAGUCGAAGCGAACAUGGGGGAGCACGUCAAGAGGACGACCGAGCUGCUGGACGCUAUGACAGAUAGACAUGUCAGCAUCGAGGAGAAGAUCAACCGUGUUGCCACGGGGAACACAGAUCUGACCCGACGCCUGGAAUUGCUAGAGGGCAAGUUCGCCAGUGCUACUUUCUCCACAACGAGCACAAGAACAGAUUCCGGGGGACAAGACCCAAACCCCCGCCCCGCAGUGGUGGUGGGGGGGUGGGACAACGACCAGAGCGCCAGCACGACCCUGCAGCUCGUCAAGCAACACCUCGCUGAGCUCCAAUGCGACCUGGACGUUGAGGAAGCAUUUGUACCAGGACUGCGCCGAGGUUUUGCGAUUGUGCCAAUACACGCUAGAACGGGGGAGGACAAUUUCGAGUACCGCCGACGAGUUCGGGAAGCCCUCCAACGAGUUCGAGAAGCCCGCAUUGUCACAGGACAAAGACAGCAGGGAGGCGACCGUUACAUGUGGGCAGCCAUGAGCGAAAGCCCUGAGCGCCGCCGUCGAGCUCAAUUCGCGGGGAAAAUCAAACGCCUGAUCCUCGAAGAAAACGGGGACCGACGUGAACUUGAGGUUGAGUUCGGCACUGGGAACGUCUGGUAUUCUCAAGUUCGAGUCGCCUCCGCGGUCCUCAGCCCGCCGGCGGAUGCAGACAAAGUUGGUGUUGGCUGGGUGUGCUUGCCCACACUCGCACGACAGAUGGGAUUGUCCCUGAGCUCCCUCACGUCCAGAUGGGAGGGCUCGCACCUGAUGUUGCUCUUCGCCUUCUACGUUAUCGUCGACAAAGGAAAGACUGUUUUUGAGAGUGCCGACAUGCAAAUGCUGGUCGGCAAGCGAGACGAAGAAUGGAGGGGGACAGCUAUUGUACACACCGAUGAUCUACAGCACAGCCGAGUCAAGUUGCUCCAAGCGGGGAUCAGUUGCGUGCUGCAACACACAGAGCUCCGCUUUGUGGUCGUGGCGGGGCACCUACCACAUCAUGCCACAGUAUCAGAAGCCAGCUUGAUCGUGCGCUCUUGGAUGGAACAACUCGAGCAACACCCCCGAGGACUUUUAGGCCUGGAUGCGAAUGAGACAUUCAAGCUUGGUCGUGGCUCCAAAGUACUCAGCGAUGGGGCACGAGGGGAACUGAUGCUGGAAACUCUCACAGCGGCAAACUUUCGUUUGCCUCCGCAGAACCUUGCGAAGCCAUCGUACUUCCCCUACAACCAGCAGAUGCAACCCCGGCGACUUGAUUACAUCUUCCUCAGAAGCCUUCUGACGGAAUCGGGGGAUGUGCUCGACCGAAGAGACCUUGCUCGCAGCGACCACGAACCAGUCCACGUCCCUCUUCGAAAACCAGUGCCGCAGACGCCUAAGGAUCAAGAGGCCGCCAAAGCCUGGGGAACUCGGCGACUUCGAGACAGCCGGACGAUUGAAGAAGAGCUGGCCAAUUUCGAAGUCAGCAACACCGACCCGGUGAAGAUCAUUGCGGACAUUGCCGUAAAACUCACCGAACCAGGCCGGGCCCUCGCGAAAUACCGCGAGAGCAAGCAGAUCAAGGAAACACGCCGCCGCAUCCUUGCUAUGCCCCCUGGGGGGGACCGAAAACAAGCCUGGAAGCAGCUCGCCAAAGAUCGCCGACAGGAGCACCGAGCCUGGGUAGCAGAAAAGCUCGACCUGGCCGGAGCUGGUUUUUGGAGAUCCAAAGCGGCAGUGGACCAAGAACGCCACAACUCAGCCUGGGAACUUGGCCUGAAAGCUGACGAUGAAUGGAAACACAAGCUUGCUAAACAUUUUGGUGGCAUCUUCCACAAGGCAGAUGGGGCGAAGGUCCGGGAACGUUUCUCCAUCAUUCUUCACAGGAUGACCGCGAUGUGCAAGCACCACCCAUGGAGGCCAUUUACCUUCGAAGAGAUCAAAGCAGUCCGCAAACGCUGGAAGAACGGCAAGUCGUGUGGCCCGGACAGCAUUUCGCAUGAAGCUUUAAAAGUCUUGGAGUCGGUCGAUUGCUGGCGAGACCGGUUGCUCAGCCUUUUCAGCGACAUGUUGUACACUGCGAAGAUACCGGAAAGCAUCGAGCGGGGAAUAACAACCUUGCUUGCGAAAGUGGGGACACCCACAUCGUGGAGCGACACCAGGCCGAUAACUUUAAGUUCAGCUCUCUUGAAGACCUUCUCGCAGCUGUUGAUUGGCCGAGUAUCCCACUGGGUGCAGGGGGACUCCCGCUUACAAUGGGCGCGGCGAUCACGCCAGGGAGUCGAGCUCAUUCUCAUACUCCGUCGCCUCUGCCGUGUGGCUCGCGAUUGGGGCAUUCCAAUGUUCCUUGCGAAGCUUGAUAUACGCAAGGCCUUCGACUCCGUGUAUCAGGAAGCCCUGGCUUUGCAAAUCGAAGAAGACGUUUGUGUUCGGGGGAACCGCCCGUGGGAGGGGCGAGCAUGGGCCUCUCUAUUGCACGCCACCGAGAUAGAGAUUUUCUUCCGCGGGGAGCAUUUCCGUCUCCCACAGUCCAAUGGAGUUAGGCAGGGCUCGCCGGAUAGUCCCAUCGCCUUUGGCCGUAUCAUUGCGAAGGAUCUGGAGAAAUCCAUUGCCGAGUCCAAGAAUGCCAAGCCCACCACCGGGGAGCCCCCCCCAGAAGACGGGGGAAGCUUCAUGGACGACAGCUAUUUGUGGUCCACUAGUGCACACCAUCUACAGAUGAUGCUGAACCGCAUGGGGGAAAACCUGCCAAAGAAGGGCCUUGACAUCCACCCCCUGAAGACGGAGAUCAUCGACAACCAAGCCGGUGGAACCGAGUUCAUGGUCGCAGGAGACAGGGUGUUGUCGAAAGGGCCCGACCACAUCAUCCGAGCUCUGGGCAGCCCCCUCAGCUUCAAAGGUCACCCAGCCAUGAUCGUGGCUGAGAUGCAAUCCCGAGCACGGGGUGCCUUCCGAAAACAUCGGGGGACACUCUUGUCGAGAGCACCACUGCGAUCAAGACUUCAACUCCAUACAGUGUUGGUUCGUCAAAGUGCUCUAUGGGCGUGCCAGACGUGGGGGUGCAGCGAAUACUUACUGAGAUGUGCAAAUAGCCUGCAGCUCAACCAAGCUCGUACCAUCAUGCACCUCCACAAGCCGGCGGGGGACGACUGGGUGGAGUGGAACAAGAGAAGCCUUCGACAGGCGAGAUUAGCACUGCAUCGCCAUGACAUACAAAGAUGGUCCACAUUCAUCUUGAGCCAGAUCUGGAGUCUGGCCGGCCAUGCAAGCCGCGGAGAUGAGGUGGCAUCAGCAAUGAUGAAAUGGCGGAACUUGGCAUGGUGGCGAGUCGAGCAAAGCAUCCCCCCUUCGUGGGGGGGACACCGCCACAGUCGCAGGUUCAACCCGCACCUCGAUGUUGAGAGGCAGAUUGUCGAAGUUGCUGGCGAAGACUGGCAAACCAGAGCAGAGGACAGAUUUUGGUGGGCGAACGCAGAGGACCUCUUCGUCGAAAAGAACGACAUCCCCUGGGCAUCCGGGGAUCAGGACACUAAGCCAGAGGAACCGGCUCAGCAGAGCAAUGCCUCCCCGUCACAAGAGGCCACUGACACCAAACGAGCCUCCGAAGCACGGGCUCAAUACGUGCAACGAAGCCGCGAAUCACCAUACGAGAGAUGGAACCGCGAAGCGAACGAAGCAGCGGCAGCGAGCCAAAGCAGAGCAGCAGCAAGUGAGAGGCAAGCACAAGCAGAAUGGGCAGCUUCCCAGACGGGAACGUUCCAAGGAGACCUGCCUCCAGGCGACCAGGAGGGGGACCACCGCCCCCCGCACGUGCCGCUCUCAGGCUAUGCUGAAGCUGAAGUCACUCCCCUUGGCGAAGGUCGAUGGCGAAUCUCCAUUAGAUCGGAUGGAGAGCGAAAACCCCGUGAACCGGGGAGCCUACCAACCACUGUGAUCGAGGGAGAUGGAGGGCCAGUGGCAGACGCACCUGCGAUCUCCAUAGGCACCGAAGGAGUAAUGGAAUUUCUCACGGCAGACCUAUGGACGUUAGACAUCGAAGCUACUCCUACAACGAUUGCCUAUGAGGGGGACACAAUGCUUUUGACCCCUGGCGACCGACUCCUUCUCGAAAGGCAGGACGAUGGCUGGCACAUCCGCGUGGAACUCCUCUCACCCGACGCCCCCACGCCAGUUGGAAAACUUCGACAGAGACGCCGAAACAUGAUCGCAGCAGACAGGCGAGCUAACAGACAGCGAGCAAGCAAGCCAAAGGGGGACAUCCCCCCGACAAUCCCAGAGCACACAGGCGAGCAAGACAGCGAAGCCCCGGCCCCGAUGCAGACCACAAGCCGAGACAAGACACCCAACAAUCCGCAGCAGGCGACGAGGUCGGGAGCAUCGGCAAGCUCAAGCUCAUCGCAUGAACCACCACAGAGCUACUACCCCAGUGCAUUGGGGAAGCCAUCAGGCCAACGGCCACAGCCAUCACAGCCGACUCAACAGUCGCAACCACAGCGAGAACACCACAACAUCCUAUCGGAUGGCAGAGACCUUCGAAGGUCACAGAGAGAGAGGCAAGCAGCAGCCCAAGCAGCCAGCAGCGUCCAAACAGCCAGCAGUGCCACAGCCUCCUCCUCAGCGACUGCAGCCAACGCUACAGCUCACUCCGCGGGGACCCUCCACGACGGUAGACAACUUAGACAACAUAGACUUCCCCCACACACACACACACAGUGA